GGCCAAGCCACUGCUAGCCCUGUGGCUUCCCGCGCCAAUGCUUCGCGUCAUCGCGAGACGCUUCAACUUUUCCUCGACCCUUUGAUCUCGAGACGGGAAGCCGCUUUCCCUCCGCCGACAAUGUUCCCAACACUGGUACGCCGAUUGGCGCAAGCGCCCAAGCCUCAGAUAUUCGAAUCGGCCACAGCGCCGUCGAAGCUCAAGAAAGUCUGGCCACCCGACUUCACCAAGAUGACGCCCCAGGAGCAGCUGCGGUUCGAGAAGCGAUACAAGAGGAGGCUGGCACACAUGGCGCAGCGGCCGCGGUGGAACAAAAUCGUCAAGCUCACGCAGUACUUCACAAUAUCAUGUAAGGGGAUGCGCAAUUGGGACAGACCAGCCAGAUCUUGGGCUGACUGUGUGUUAAGUCGUGCUUGUGUACAGCGUUCUAUUUAUGGACGCGAAAAACGAGCAUCAGCCGUUCGAAGGGGUAGGAUAUAGGCUCUCCUGCUUUCGAAUUACAAGUCUAACUGGCCCGACAGCUCCGAGCGAAGUUCUGGGGCG